AUGCAGGCGAGCAUCAAGCGCGUGGCCACGAUCCAGUCCGUGACGUCGCGGCUGCGCUCCGCCUCGCUCACCCACGGCCCCAGCAAACCCCAGCACGCCACCAGCGCCGCCCAGCUCCCCCGGACCAAGAUUGGCCCAGCAUCCGACCACCUGCUCGCCGAGCUCCUCUCCCUGUACUGGGAGGAAGUCGAGAGGGACGUCGCCCUCAUCCUGCGCACCUUGACCGGGUGGCAGCGCGAGGACGCACUCCCCGAGGAGCACGACCCCCUCAUCUACGGCUACGAGACCUUCCUCGACCAGGUCUGCCAGAGCCGGCGCGAGGACGGCUGGAAGGACAGGAGCUCGUACGGCGACGACUACUCGGGCGCCUUCGCCAACCGCGCGUACGAGGUGCUGGCCAAUGCCGAGAGCGAGCAGCGCCGCGACGCCGUGAGGGAAUUGGUCGGGUAUCAGGACGGGAAGCACCUCAGCGGCCACACUCUGAGGCAGCGGGCUCGCCUGCUCCUCCAGUCGGCCCAGUGGCUCGAUUUCGACAAGGUCGUCGAGCACCGCGAGCCUCUUCACAAUGGCCUCAGACUUGCACCUGCGCAGAUCCACCUGGCUCUGGAUCCCCAGAAGACGCCGCCGGGACUGAAGGCCGAGAAUGUCCUCUGCAAGAAGUGUAGUUCCGCCAUCCGCGGGUCCAUGUUUGUUGGUCCUGGUGGUUCAAAAGAUGUGAUUUGCCAAAACUGCUAUUUUACCUCCGACAGCUAUGGCCGGCCGGACUGGCACAAGAGAUACAAGACUUGCUGCCUGGACGGGGAUAUCACGACCGGUGUGAGCCAGGGACUCUGCAACUGCAAGACUCUGACGAAGGUCUCCGACGGGAAACUCAAGCCAUUAUUUCCAAUCACUUCCGAUAAGUCGUCGAGAAACAAACAUGGGCCGUGUGCGUUGAUGGCUGUGGAUAACACCCUGGCUGAAGCCAAGUUCGACAGUACGCGGCUGAAGACGGACAAGUCCUUCUCCCUGAGUGAUUAUAAGGGGUUGAUGAAGAAGGAGUCAGACAAGUCCCGAGAGAAAGAUAAUAAGCUCGGGAAGAAACAGACUCCAGACCUUACGUACUACAUGCCCGAGUUUGGCAUUGACAAGUUCCAGAAAGAAGGUGGGGGGACGCCUCCGUACCUGCGUCCGGCGAUACCUCAGGAGCCAUUUGGCCAUGUCCAUAUGGCUCUACGAUUUGGAACCGUACUCGUCGAGAAUGGGGUUGCCAAUACCGACGGAGGAGUAGUAAUUACCACGAGGGGCCCAUUGCGCCUGGCUCAUUCGGAUGAAACCUCUGAUGGAGAUGGAUCAAGUCUCCUCAUCUCCGGCUCCGAGAGGACUCUCUACCGCCAGAACAGGCCCCGUACACCGAAACGCCACAAGCUCAUGGCAAAGCAGAUUGUCGGGGGUGCCUUUUGUGGCUUCCUCGAUGAAGACGCGGAGGAACACAUUAUUGACAUCCUCAUUGACGCGAACAGCAAAACACAAUCAGAGAAGAUCCCGUCCGACGCUAUAGCUACAAUCAUGCUCGAGCUGAAGCACUACCUCAUCGAUCACGUCGAGCUGCACCUCAGCACCAUCGCCUCCAAGCUCAUUGACAAAAAAUUCGAGCUGGCUUGGAACUUCUCAUCCAACACCUGCAAGGACUUCUGCGACAACCUCCUCAACGUCGGCAUGUACCAGUCUCUCUUCGCGCCUCAGAUGUCCCAGUUCAACAAAUCCCCGUCCUACCUGAUGAGUUUCGUCUGCCGCCCCGGCCCCCUCGUCGCCGACUUCCCGUGGUCCAAGUACGACGUCCCCCAGGGCCUCGUGGAGGAGUAUCUCCUGCGCAUCCAGCACGGCCGGCACGAGGACUCGGACUUCAUCGACAGCCUCUCCGAGUACUGGUCUGACUUUGGCGCAUUCGGACAAGCCCCGUACAAGUACCAGGACCUGUUUCCGUGGGAUUGCUCCGAAGCCUACAGGAGGAACCCCGCCAAGUGCGGCUCCUGCAACAUCUCCAAGCACGUCUGGGCAUUCCCCCACGACUCCUGGUCGGCCAUCUCCAUGCACAUGGCCCGCGAAAGCUUCCUCUACCCUCCCAGCAGCAGCGAAAAGGGCGACCAAGGCUGGUUCCAGAACAGGAUGCGCGUGCUCCUCGCCCAGAGCGCCCUCCUUUCCGUCGCAGCCGCCAUGGCCAAGUCCCCCGAGAUGCAAAGGGGCACCAGGUGGCUCUCCAGCGCCGCCGCCGGCGACAAGGACCGCAUCAAGCUGGGGAGCAUCCACCGCGCCCAGCCUUACAGCCACCACUACGAGCGAGGGAUGGGCGCGUCCUACUUCGUCCCCGACUGGGCGGCGUCGAGCAGCCGGCUGGAGGACUACGAGAGGAAGCGGGAGCAGAGGAUGAAGCUGGCCGAGAAGGGGCAGAGCGGGUGGAACUCCAAGACUAUGAGGGCGAGGACGGAGACGAAGUGGUUCUUCAGGCAGCCGCCGACGGAUCCGCCGGGUGUCCCCUACUGGUCUAGCAUACCUUCGAAUGAUCUAUCUACGUAUGUGGCCAUCGGGCUAUCUCUUGCGCACGAUGGAGGUGGCGGCGACGGCGGAGGAGGAGGAGAUUCUGGUGGAUACGGAGGCUGUGAUUCGGGAGGAGGUGGUGGUGAUUCAGGGGGAGGCGAUGGUGGUGGUGGUGGAUGCGGAGGAGGAUGCGGUGGCGGCGGUGAUGGUUGUGGCUGA